CACCAAGAAUUGUAAGUCAUCUGAAAAUGUGGAAGGCAAUACCGUUGGUCGUUUUUCUGGUUCUACCAGCUCUAUUGGAGGCAAAGCCAGAUCUGGCACUUCCGGUGUCGAUGCUUGGAGUAUCUACCGGAAGUUUGGAUACCUCAGGAAACAUCGUCUCCAAUGUGGACCGGAUUCAAUACAUCCUGAAUCAGUUUCAAUCGAUCGUCCAGAGUUUGUACAGCAUCCAAACUCCUGAGCUGAGCAGUGCUGCGGAUAAUUUCCGUUUCGUAAUGGACAGUUUAGUCGUAGUGGGAAGCCCAAUUUUUCAGGCUCUGUCGAGUGCUUCCAAGGUUUCUUCGGGGAAUAUCUCUCGAAUUGUUAGAGGAAUUGAGGAUGACAUCGAUUACGCUGUAGCCUUGCACGAGGUUCACGUGCAGUUGGUCAAUGAAACAAGACAAAUUCUAGGAGAAAAUUCAACGAAUUAUUUCAACGAAGCUCUGAACAGUUUAGUGGAUAAUGUUGAAAGUUUUGUAGCUCCGUUAUAUACCAUAAAAACUGCUGUCGAGGGAAUUCAAAGCCAAAAAUCGUUAUCUCGAGAUGAAAUUAAAGCUCGGUUACCGAACGAAGCCAUAAAAGAAUUGAACGCUGCCCUCAGGGAGUACAUCAGAAUAGGAGAUGCAGCCGUCCCGCAGAUACGAUCGGUGGUAAGUCGAGUUCAGACGGUGGACAAUUUUCUCAUUCGCUUGUCGGCCGUAGUCAGUCAGCAACGCCAGUAUUUGAACUCAAGCUUGGCACGUAUAUCUCCUUACUUGGAAUCAAAUGUAAUCAGUCGGUUCCGCAGCAGUCUCUCAUCGCUAAGCUCGCAGGUCACCCAGCGAAGUGGAAGACUUUCCGUGACUCUGUCCAACCUGUUCCUGAUGGAAUCGGAAGUUUUGAGGGUAGCUGCCAAUCAAACGAUUCCCGCAAUUCAAGCAUUCGCCAUGAACAUUUCCAACGACGCAAAUGCCGUUUUGCAGCAAAUUGCGCAGUUAACAGUUAAUCAAAGUUUACCCUACAUCGUACUGAACGAGACCGAGCGAUUGUUGAACGAAGCAUCACGCGGAUUAUCUUUAGCGAUGACGCAACGUAUCCCACGAGCGGACACUUGCUACUCUCAACACAACUACGACUUCGACCGUAUUCCCCGGAUGGUUUACAGCCAAUCGUACUCCUGCGUGUGGGACACGGCGUCUGAUUUGUCCGCGGUGGCCAUAAAUCUCAACUACAUAAUUCAAUUGGCUCUGAUUGACCUGAACAGUGGACUGCAGGCGGUAGAACGGUGCGCUGGUUUGGUGUCGAGAAGUUCUCCGGCGUUGACCAAGUAUCAGGCCUCCGUUUGUCUGGAUAAUGCGAGGAGAUUCAUCAGUAAUAGGCGAGUGUACGCACAGCAGAUGGCUAACUAUCAGGUUCUACUGGGGAACGAGAUUUCGUACAGCGCUCAGCGGUAUAACUUCUGUAUGAUGAACACACUAAGCCAGGCGCAGGCUCAAAUUUCCUAUCUGGAUGCGGCGGUUAAUCAAUGCUUGAACAUUACUCAAGUCGUAACACCGAUGAAGUGGUGGGGCAAGCUAUCGAUUGGGUUCGGCAAAUAGGCUGGGAGUUGACUUGAAAACUAGCAAAGUUUUAUUCUGCUAAUACUUCUAAUUGGAAUAGUUAAAUCGGUAAAUAUUUUUUGCUUUCUAUUGUAAAUAUAAAAAUUGAAAUAAAGACUAAGAUGGACUUUGCACUAA